AUGGACUCCUCCGCGGGGCCUGGGACGCCUUUGCCCAAAUACUGCAGCGUGGCCACGACCCUGAAGGCCCCUGCCUGGGCCGGCACUGCUCCUCCCUGGGACCUCUCCUUCACCUGCCCCCUCGCCUGCCGAGCACCCUGGCUGACCCGGCACAGCUUCCUCACCAGAUACGCAUCUUACUAUCCGUGUCUCCACAUUGCUGACCCAGCAUGGCAGGGGCCUGGUUGGCUGGGAAGAGUUGGAGAGGCUGCUGACACAUGGGUCCUGGCAAGAAAGGAACCGGAUGACUUUUAUUACAGGGCUCAGAUAAAGGCUGCUCCAGAGCUGGAGAGGCAGGGGUUCCUGCUGGUGGAAUUUGAGGCUCCCCUUGCCGCAGGCCCAGAGCUGCCAGCCCAGCGGCAGAGUGUGGUCUUAGAGGAAGAUGUCAUUCAGUUCUCACCAACCAUGGAAUACUCACUGCGACCUGGGGACAAGGUGCUGGCACCCUGGGGCCCUGACCAACAGCGCUAUGGCCCUGGCACUGUUCUCUUGGGCUUGGAGGCGAGAGACCCCCAGAGAGCAUCCCGGAAAGAAGAAGAAAUUACUAUUCACUUCUGGAAUGGCAGGACAGCUCCAGUGCCUCUCAGAGGGGUCCAGUGGGUGCCCCCAGCUGUCUGGAAGAAGGCUGUGGACGGGCUGCAUAAGCCUUACGCCAGGGAGCACCCCAGGCCCCUCCUCUGGGCCCCUUGCUGCUCUGUGGUGGGGCCGGUCGCUGGCAUUGCCACCAGCGGGCUUCCUUUGAGCCCUCCAUUCCUGUGUGCUCCCUGCUACCCACACACCGGCUGCCAGCUGCUGGUCCAGGGCUGCCUCUGCUGCUGCCCCCUGGCUGGACCCACUUGGUGGCCUCUAAUCAGGACCUCAGGGGUUGCAGCCAGAGAAGCUCCAGAAGCGGAGCUGAAGCCCACAGCCCAGCUUUUGCCCCUGGAGAGUCCUGAGGAGGACGAAGCGGCAGUGCAGGCUCCCGUGGCUGUUUCCUCCUCCGCCUCCUCCUCCUCUUCUGAAGACGAGGAUUUGGAGAAUGAGCUGGAGAUGGGCCCCCCUCAGAGGCUGCUGGUGAACAGCACAGUCAACACGGACCCCAUCCUUCUCGAGAAGUCUCCGAGGAAGCAGGGUGGCCUCUGCCAGCCCGAGUGGAGGUACUGGAGGAGAAACGGGCCCGAGCCACAUCCAGGGAAGCCAGGAGUAAGACUGUGCAGCACCCAGAAAGAUGAGAAGAGCAAUAGACAACAGAGAGAGAAACCUGCUGCAGCGGGGAGUCCCAGCGAGCUGGCCCUGGACGUCACUGGCACGAAGCUGCUGCAGAUCCUGCCCAAAGCAGCCGAACAGGAACCUGAGCCAGGGCACUGCUGCACGUCAGGAGGCCAGAACCCCGAGGCUAGAAGCCCCAGGAUCAAGGUAGAGCAGGAUGGCUGCAGGGGUGCUUCUGAAGGGCUCCCUCCAGGGUGCUCUGAUCUCUUGGAGUCAUACCCACAGUCUUGCAUAUGA